AUGAUCUGGUACCUUUUAUAUCCGCUCCGGGGAAGAAUACGUGCCAUACUUUGGAGGCAAUUACUAACGUUGAGCAGCACUACCGAAGCUCCUGUACUCGCGCCGUCUCAUCCUUUCAGAAAGAGCCUCACUCGUUAUGGCCGUUACGUUGCGCGACACGUCGAUACAGUACUUUUGCUUGCUGUCGCUGUUGCGGCCGUUUUGAUAUAUCCAUUUCCGUUUCUAUACACAACCGACUUCUCCAAUGGUGCCUCCAACCUCCCCCACCAUGUCUGGACCGAUGCGCAGGCUGUCAAGGCGCAAGCCGGAUUUGAGCCGGAUGUUAUCAUGCGCACUAUCUGGGUGCAUGGCAGUUAUAUGAAGGCUUUGGACCGCGAGGUGAUACUGGGCGCUCUAGAGCUGCAGAACGAACUGCUAGGCUCCACCAAGGACUUCAAUCCCAGACGACCCCUCGCCAUGGCUACCGUCACGGGGCUCCCCAACGGCGACUUGACCCCGGAGGAGCGCGAUACCUUUCACGUCAUCAACGGACGGACCAACAUGUCGUGGUUUUACCAUUCACCGCUCCAGUAUUGGUCUGGUGAUGCACAGAAGAUUAUAGAUGACCCGGACAUAAUCGGAACCGUCAACGCCAAGAAGACAUUAUCGACAUCGGUAAACGUGACGCUGCGACAUUCCAUCGUCUUCAGUGGCAAGCGGUUCGAGGACCGUCGCCUCGUCGCCGCUGAUGCGCUGGUCAUCACACUUGUUCACCUGCGAGACUCUCCAGUAGGUCGCCAAUGGGCAAGAAAAGCAGAAGCGCUGGCAUUGCGCAUGAAACACAAGUGGACGGCCUAUCCUGCCGAUGGGCGCAGCAUGCCGAGCCAGUUGUACGAGUUCCAAUUUCGACCAAUAUCCUUCUGGGAUCUAGUAUGGCUCAGCCUAGCCUACUUUCUCACCUUUAUUUAUUUCCUCCACAGCCUGUCGAAGCUGCGCGCAGUCAAGUCAAAGACGGGCUUGAUACUUACUGUUAUAGUGCAGAUUUUCGCCUCAGUCAUAUCGAGUUUCACUGUUUGCGCAGUGUUCAAGAUCGACCUGUCCAGGAUUCCUCAGGCUGCCUACCCCAUCGUCGUCUGGUCGAUGAGCUUGGAGAACAUGUUCAGGCUCAUCAACGCUGUCAUCGUGACUCCCUCGGAGGACAGCACUGGCAACAGGAUCGGCCAGGCCUUUGGUGAGACGGCGCAUGUUGCAUUGGCUAGCGUCCUGCAAUAUUUGCUCAUCAUACUGGGCUUGUCUCGUGUUGUCUUCCCGGGAGUGUCGGCGUUUUGCGCUUUCGCGGCAAUCGCAAUUCUUUUUGACUUCUUUUAUCUGUCGACGUUCUUCUUGUCAGUUUUGAGCGUCGAAGUAAGGCGCACUGAGCUCAGCGACGCUCUCGAGAAGUCAUCUCAGAAACAUACCAGAGCCGUUUCUGAGGAACGCCCUCAGACGUCUUGGAUUGAGCCGCUUUUGCAGGGGAAAAUCGCGCUAUCUACUCGCAUCGCCGGGAUUAUUGUUAUGCUCGCCUUUGUUCUCGUUGCACAAUGGCACUUUUUCCAGAGCGAAACGGUCCUCCGAACCUUGGGUAGGAUGUUUGGGAGGAGCAAAGCUACCGACCCAUCCAAGUCAUCCUUGCUAGUUGAUGUCCAUCAGGCAAGAAGCCCUACCUCAUGGCUACGUCUCCAGGAUCACGAUACAGCAAGGGAGGUGAUACACGUGGUGAAGCCCAAAGCCCAUAGUUAUGUCGCACGUGUUUAUGACCCACUUGUUUUCGUUAUGAAGGGAUCCGACAGAAACCCCCCGAGGGGCGAACGUAUUCUACUUCCAGCAGUAUACGAUUUCGCACACCACCAAACCUUGCCGCUCCUACUCGCCAUAGUCGUUCUCCUGGCCCUUGUUCGACUUUUGCUCAACUAUCUACUAUGGGAUGAGAUCGCCGGAGCAAGGUGCGAGGAUGAAGUGGACGAUGAUCCGUUGAUCUCGGUCAAGACAGUGAAUUGCGGCCACACUUUGGAUGUAGCCAUGAUGGCAGCUACCCCGGACGGACGCGUGGUUUCGGCCGGCCUCGACCGAAUGAUCUGGGUCUGGGAUGUCAGAUUCUUGGGCACAAGCUACGUUGUGACGAGUCCAGAUGUCCCGGAAAGAGAUCCAUUCCCAGUGCUCGGAAUGGCGAUCGACGAUGAAUCGCACUGGCUUGCACUGCUGUCUUUGUCAAAAGUUCGGCUGUGGGAUUUAGGCAGACGGACUUGGGGUCCGUCCGUAGAAGUUGAACUCUAUGGCCAAAAAGCCGAGGCAUUCUACUUUAGUAACAGACGGAAAGGCGCCGAUCUUUCGAUUGUGUUGAUGAGACGAAACGGCACCAUGGUGGAGGUCUGGCCCGAUAGAGGCGAGGCGAGGGAGUAUGUUGUUUGCAGGAGUUCACUGAGCUGCGCGGUGCCCCUUGCAGACAAUCCUACUUCGAGUCAAGCUACGUCGUUCCUGACUCUUUCUCGACGAUCAUGUAUACACAAGGGGACAACGAUCGGCGAUGAGUGGGAGACGGAGGAGGUCAAGCUUCCGUCGGGCGAAAAGGACAUACACGCAGUUCUCCCUAUGCCGUCAUACUCGGCAUAUCUGGCUGUCCGGACAUCGUCUGUGGAACUCGUCGACUUCGCCACAUCUUCUGUCAUUCAUACGUUUUUAACCGACCAAAUCCAGCCCAGGACGCUGAACUUUUUUCACUCAUAUCCUCGAAAGACAGAGUCCGGCGCCAAAGGGCUCAGCUCAUUCACAUUGGUCUACGUAAAGGCGGAAUCAGGCGAUUGUAUCCUGCAGACGUACCUACCAACCGCAGAGGAGGGUGGUACCAUCAGCAUUCGGAAUUCUCCGUCUGGUGCCUGCGGAGGAUGCUCAUGGAAGGAAACCCGAGAGAUUAGGCGGACCGUGGAAAAUCCGGGGCUAUGGGCGGCCUUGCCGAGUGGCUGCGUAGUGGGAAUCCGCCAAAAGCGCCCCAGGAAGUCGACGCCGCCGCCCGAGCCGCCUGUACAGACAAACGGAAAAGUGCGGCGGCGAAGGGCCACGCCACCGCUGCAAUACCUCUCUGGCAACAGAGCUGAGGACAACCACGAGGUCUGGACGGUCACGCAGCUCGAGAAGAAGGGCGACUAUAACACGAGGCCACUAAUGCUGGAGGAUGAGGAUGGUUUGCUGGAUCAGCAUCUCAUGAUAUCGGAGCUCGGCCCCAUGGUCAAGGUCGGUAUGGGGAGCGUCGCCGUUGCGUUUGGAAACAUCAUAAAAAUCAUCACCAUCGGUCACGAGCGCUUUGGAAGAGGAUUUUAUGACAGCGAUGGCUUGGUUGGCAGCCGCAGGCGAAAACUGGGCCCGAGUUCCGCGAGGCAUCACCGAGGUGCAAUUGCGCGGGGUUGA